CGCGCGGCCCCGCGGGCGGCCCGGAGCGGCGGCGGCCAUGGCGGCGGCGCGCUUCGACUCGGCGGACCGCUCGGCCUGGUACGUGGGCCCGGUGUCGCGGCAGGAGGCGCAGAGCCGGCUGCAGGGCCAGCGGCACGGCGUCUUCCUGGUGCGCGACUCGUCCACUUGCCCCGGCGACUACGUGCUGUCGGUGUCGGAGAACUCGCGCGUGUCCCACUACAUCAUCAACUCGCUGCCCAACCGGCGCUUCAAGAUCGGGGACCAGGAGUUCGAGCACCUGCCGGCGCUGCUCGAGUUCUACAAGAUCCACUACCUGGACACGACCACGCUGCUCGAGCCCGCGCCCAGGUAUCCAAGCCCACCUAUGGGUUCAGCCUCAGCACCCAACCUGCCUCCCACAGAAGAAAAUGUGGAAUACGUGCGGACUCUCUAUGAAUUUUCUGGGAAUGACCCCGAAGAUCUGGCCUUUAAGAAGGGUGAGAUCUUGGCCAUCGUUGAGAAGCCUGAGGAGCAGUGGUGGAGCGCACGUAACAAGGAUGGCCAGGUUGGGAUGAUUCCUGUGCCUUAUGUAGAAAAGCUGGUGAGAUCUUCCCCUCACGGGAAGCACGGAAACCGGAAUUCCAACAGCUAUGGGAUCCCCGAACCUGCUCACGCCUAUGCCCAGCCUCAGACAGCAAAUCCUCUCCCUGCCGUCUCCAGUCCUCCAGGGGCAGUGAUGAGCCCCCUGCCCUCCACCCAGAAUGGACCUGUCUUUGCAAAAGCAAUUCAGAAGAGAGUCCCGUGCGCUUAUGACAAGACCGCCUUGGCCUUGGAGGUGGGUGACAUCGUAAAAGUGACAAGAAUGAACAUCAAUGGCCAGUGGGAAGGAGAAGUCAAUGGCCGCAAAGGGCUCUUCCCUUUCACACACGUCAAGAUCAUUGACCCUCAAAAUCCAGAUGAAAAUGAGUGAUUUCUGUUACCCACCGUCUGCUGCUGCUGCUACUGCUUCAUGUUCUGGCUCUCAUUAGUAGCAUCCUCUGAAAUGGGGUUCCAUUUUCUCUCAUAGGCAAGCUUGGGAGCCUGGCCCAGCUCUCCAGCUUGCUGCCAUUUGGUGGUCUUUUCUGCACAUCUGGAAUGCACACAGCUGGCAGCCUUCAGGCAUUUGUAUUGUUGCUGGAUUGUCUCAGACUUAGCCAAUUGUAGAACCUUUUUGGAUCUUAAGCUGGUAAGCCCGAGUGGAAGCCCACAAGUAAAAGGACAUUGAAGAAGAAAGGGUCUGUUUUGCCCCCACUUUGAUGCUCUCUUGGACUCAUCCCAUGAAAUUCAGUUGGAGAAAGAAAGCAUUUGGCAAUUAAACUUGAACUUGGUGCGUAGCUCAUCCUCAGAGUGAUUCUUGGUGUGCCAUCUUCGUCAUCUUUUUGAGGGGAAAUCAUGAACUCAAGGAAGAGGAGAGAAUUCUUUCUGGUCACAGUAAAAGCUGAAUUGGGACUUGGGGGAAGAAUCAUUGUAAUGUGUAUUUUGAACAUUCAUAAAUGACAAGUUUUCUCGAUACGAGGGAUUUUGCCUGCCUCUGAGCUUCUGAAGUGAACUUUCUUUGACUUAAGGAGAAAACUACAUUGAAGCCAAGACCUGUCUUUAUAUCAUGUCUUCAUUGUUGUAAAUGGUAACCUGUUUUGCCACGUGCUAAACAAAAACAAAAAAAACAUCCUAUUUAAUUCCAUCUUUCCAAGAGCUAAAAACUGUAGAAAACAAACUUCAAGGAAGAAUCCUACCUUUUACUUUUUCCCCAGUGAAACCAUCCUGAAAUCUACACACGCACACACAUACACAGAGCCGUUUCAUUUUAUUUUUUUGGUCUGCUUUCAAUGAAUGCCCACUCUAAAGGUGAACCAGCAAAAACUUUCCUAAGGGAGAUUGUUCUGAAAACCUAGGCAUUGAAUCCACCUCCACAGAAAGCGAGUGGUUUAUGUCCUUGCCCUUUGAAGAGGCUGGAGAGAGCAGUCAGGCUUCAGGCUGUAUGGAGGCUGCAUUAUCACCAGCUAGAGAAACCCAGGGCUCGGGCUCCCUCUUGGGCAGGCUUGAGCAGCCCAGGAAAGGCAGGGCACUAGUUGGCCAGACCCACUGGCAGAGCUUUGUUAUGCAGGAUGAUCUUGUUAUAGUAAAAUAAAAACCCCUUGAUUACAUGUGGCAAUAGGAAAAGGUCUUCAGACUUGGUCUCUUGCAAAUAGGAGGCUUGGGAAAUUUUAACACACUUAAAGAAAUUCAAACUUUUAAUAUUGUUAUCUGCCAGAUACUAGUAAAGGGCAAGGCAAAAGUUCAAACAGAAAAUUAGCACUGACUACAAACCUAGAAAGAGCCCCUUAAUUAGUGCAUUUGGUCUGCCCUUCCUACAGACUUUUUUUUAGCCUUUAUAUUUUUACAACUUAGAAUGUGUUCUGUGUUUUUGAGCCAAAGCUCAUAGACUCAUAGAAUGUUAGAACUGGAAGAGAUGCAGCAUAGAGUCCUCAGAUACAACAAAACAAGGUCAGUUUUAUAGAUGAGGAAACAGGUCCAGAAGGGAGACUUGAAGGGAUUUGCUCACGGGCCCACCAGGCUGGGCCUCCCUUUGUACCACACUGUACCACACCGCAUGCCUCUCUGAGCGAUUCCCUGUGCUUUCCAUAGGACGAGAAGACGAGGCUGCCAAGCAGCCGGGUAGAGCACGAGAUGGAUGUGGGCCUGGGUGUUCCAUAGGCUGUGUCUGCAACGACCUACUUCAGCCAACAUUUCCACAACUACUUGAACCUAUUUAUCAGUCUGUCCUACUGAAAAUAUGCUCUUUGGUUACACUCAUUCUACCAUUAAUAUUAAUAUUCCACCAAAAGCCAAGGUCCAGCAUGGUGUUCUCAUGGAAUGGCCACAGGAUCAGCCUUUAAUCUACUCAUUCCUUUUGUGCAUUCACUGCUAGACUUGGCCUUGGUCAUACCUUCCAAAGAGAGGUCUCCUUACUGAUCCUGUUAGUCUGAAUGUGGUCAAGCCUGCCUGGUUUCUGAGAGACCAAAACUCCUCUAUGGGCCACAUUUAACUCCGUUUAGCAUCGAGACAGUUGGUCCUCUUGAGAAGUCAGAGGGCAUGCUUGCAUGCUGUGUAUUGAGAUGAGUUUUCCUUUGACCUGCUCUUCCUAGGACUCAUUUUCUUUUCCUAUAUGAGUUGAUGUAUGUAGGUCACUGUGGAAUAGAUCAAAACAUGUAGGAAAGCAAGGGGAUUCCCCCUGUAUUCUUUACACUAAAAUGUGUGGAUUCCCAGAAGGGGGCCACACGUUUCUAGUGCUGCUGAGAAUGUCCCAGAGCCCAGAGAGGAUAAUCCAGUAUCAGUGAAGAGAAGGCUUUGCAAAGUCACUUUUCUCUCCCUCUUGUAGAAUCCUAGAGGCAAGGACCCUUACAGCUGGAAUGAACUUGGGAGAUCAUUCUCCAUUCUGGAGAAGCAAGGCUGUUGAGUGGAAAGAGCUUUGGAUUUGGAGCCAAGUCUUGGGUCUGAGUCUUACCUCUACUACUCUUUGGCUUGGUGACUUGAGGCAAGUCCCCUCCCCUUUCUGGGCCUUGAUUUCCUCACCUGUAAAAUGAGAUUAGACUGUGGAUAACCUCUUAGUGUCCCUUCUAACUCCUAAACAGCCUAUGAGCCUAAAUUGCCACCGCAUUAUACAGAAGGGAGCUGGGUCCCAGGAGGUGUGUGAGAGAAGAUCAGAAGAUCAGACCUCAUGAGUCUCCCAUGGUCUGGCCCGCUUCCCAGCUCGCAGGCUAGGCUUCCCGAUGGCUGAUGGCCCUGACGAUCAUCUGGGGUCCCAUCUGCUGUGAAGUCUGUUCUCUGCCCUGGGAGGAUUGCAUGUGCUCCGUGGGCAAGCAUUUCCCUUUGAGCUGCUUGGUGUGCUGCUUGCUUCCCUUCCUGCUUUGUCUGUCACCCCAAGCUCUGGAUUUUCCUUGAGCCAUCACUGUGGUUUAUUUAUCCUUUGGUUCUGUCAAGACUUGAUGGUCAUGAGGCUGUUUAAUUCAAUGCACUGUUAAAGGGCUCGUGCUCCACCUCUCAUUUUUCUGUCACUUGUGGAUUGUGAAGGUAGUCCCUGGGGUUUCCAGCCUCAGCAGACUCCCUGGUCCAAGGAGUUGAGGAGGGUGGUGUCUUCUGACUUGGGUAAUUAGCCCCACGUGCUGGUCUUCGUGCUUCUGGCUUGGUCCGAAGGGGGACUUCUCUCCAUGCAUGGCUGCUUGGGUCCAUGCUCAGUCAUGUACACACUGGUUGGGCACCUGCUAAAGACAGUGAGAGCGUGGGAGGAACACAGAAAUGGUGGAUCCUGAGGCCGCCGACGUGAUGCUUCCUGGCUGCAUCUUGGGAAGGAGACAGCUGUUGACUUUGGUUUUAACACAGUAUUCCUGGCUAACGCUUCCCGUCAAUGAUGUGGGGAGAGCUGCCUGAAGUCCCCCCAGGAGCCCAGGGGAAGGGUGUUCUGUGGUGCUGAUUUCAGGCCCCCCACCCACCCACCUCCCCACUUCUGCCAGAACAUAGGAGGUCCCCGUGCACGAGGGAGGGCAGCCUGGCUUCCGAGACAGACAUCACUGUGCGUUCUCCAGCCCCCAGCAGGACAGAUGAUGACUCUUUCAACCUGUAACUUAAAAAUCAUGAACUUCAGGCAAUAAUAUUUUCUGUGUAAGCUUUUAAAAUUAUUUUUGGGGGAUCAUAGCUUGUUUUAUUUUGUGCUAUAAAAUUAACAGUAUUAAAUGACUUCUAUUCUUAGAAUACAUCGAGUGUCUUUUCUUAACAGAUUAGUGCCUUUUUAUUUUCCUACUCCAUUGAUUCCAUAGUACUGGGCCUGACAUCAAAGCCAGUGUUUUCGGUGGCCUGUUUGUACACUGUCUGAAUAAAUCUUGCAUCAA